UAGCCACAUUCAUGCACUGCCAGUGCAACAGUUCACAAGGAGGCAAACGACUUUGCAGCAACUUUGCUCUAGGAACUACUAAAGGAUGGCCCAACUCCAUCUGCUGCUCUACUGUGCCACAACUCUGCUGAUUGCCAACGCCUUGGUGCUGACGCCGCAGCUCCUGAGCGCCGCCUCUGUGGCCGAUAAUGAGCAGGGGGGAAUCAUCGGCAAAUCGAAGACAUCCUUCCCCUUUCCGCUCGACGACGAUGUAGAGGGCGUGGAACUGCCCAUGGAGGUGGACCAAGAGGUCACUGUGGACCAGCGACAGUCGCAGCAGCAACAGCAGCAGCAGCACUCGCUGCCUCCUCCCUGGUUGGAGUUUGCCGAAGAUACAGCCCCGGUGGCAGCGCCCCCAUCGCCCAAGCACCGGCUGGGCGGCCACAAGCAUCCGACCGUCAUCAAGCAUCCGACGAACGGCUUCCACAAGCUCUCCUCCCACGGCCAUCGCUCCUGCUACGUGGAGAUCACCAAGCAUGUGGAGGGCAUCUGCCAGUCCAUGCCCCUGGGAAGUGCCUGUGUGACCGAUGACUAUAUGGUCAUCUACAACGAUGGCAACUGCUCCACUCAGUAGAGGGUCUCCACUUUGCUCUUUUUUUCUUAGUAUAACCAUUUUGUAUGUGCCAUAAGUGUCUAAAUAUGCGGAUGGGAGGAGUACGACUACCUGAUGUGCGUUUCACAAAACAAAACCAAACAAAACCAAACAAAGCCAAACAAUCCCAUACAAUUUGUAUAAAUAAAUCAAUAUACACACGAGUACCACAAAAUACUUACAAUAUACUCGUAUAUGCAUUUAGUAACAUUUCUUAUUAUUGAGAUCGAUUAUUAAAUUCCUACCUAAUCUCUGAA